AUGGUCUCCCAUUUUAAACAGAAAUACUACGGUUGGUUAAGUUAUGCAUUCGCCAGUGAAGUGUUCGUGAUUGUAUCCUUGACUCUAUUCUUGCCCAUUUGUUUGGAGCAAUUUGCAAGAGAUAAUGGAUUCUUAUAUCCUGACAAGACCGAAAGAUGCUCCUCGGAGAUCUCAAAGCUGGAUGAUGAUUCGCCUUCUGGGCGUUGUGUCGUUAGAGUUGGCUGGUUAUGGAUCGACAGUGCUAGCUUCAGCUUAUACGUCUUUUCGGCGUCAGUGCUUUUACAAGCUCUAACCGUCAUUUCCGUCGGAGGAAUUGCAGACCAUCCACCGCAUCGAAAGAUCCUACUUUUAACUUGCGCUUGGGCAGGUGCUCUUGCCGCCACUUUUUUUCUCCCACUAUCUUCUAGUUCCCCUCUAUGGUUUCUCUCUGCUCUACUGGCCGUAAUAGCCAAUGUCGGUUUCGGGACUUCUGUGGUCGCAAUGAAUGCCUACCUGCCUUCUCUUGCAAGAGAAUCUCCGGAAGUCCUUAAAGUCUACGCAAAUCUGAGAAAUGCUGAGGAGUCUGCUCUUGUACUUGAAAACGAAGCGGAACCCGAUGACAACAAUGAAGCGGUUGCUCAACCACUGGUUCGUAAUACUACGACAGAUGAGGUGCAGGAACUCAAAUCCCACUAUGAAAACGAGCUAUCCAGGACAACCUCACGCAUAUCUUCCUUUGGAAUAGCUUUAGGCUACGGUGCUGGUAUCUUCUUGUUAUUUGUUGCCCUCAUUCCAGUCACAUUGAUGAAAGGCUCAACAUUCUCUCUUCGUCUCGCGAUCAGUCUCAGUGGGAUUUGGUGGGCUGUGUUUUCCAUACCAGCUCUGUUGUGGCUUCCUAGUGGAGGAAACAGUUCCUCUGUCGAUGAUGAUGACGCAAUCUGGGUAGACACGGCAAACGUAACGGCCGGAAAAUGGAGUUUAUGGAAAGAGAUACUGGCCGCUUGGAAACGAUUGGGGGGGAUGCUUCGGUGGAGCGAAAUUAAGAAGUUGCGGAACACCUACAAGUUUCUCGCUUCUUGGUUCCUACUCUCAGAUGCGUUCACGACAAUUACUGGUACUGCUAUCCUUUUCGCAAAGACUGUCCUCAAUAUGCAACCAUCGUCUCUCAUCUUGAUCGGAAUCAUCGUUCCUUCAUCGGGUAUCUUAGGAUCGUUAUUCUGGCCACGACUGCAACGUCGGUACCAAUGGUCAAAUCAGCGGGUGCUCCUAAUCCUCUUGGUAUUGGCCUCUCUGGUACCUGCCUAUGGAUGUCUCGGGUUUAUCAGUGUUUUUCAAGGCCGGUUCGGAGGGCUUACAACCCAAGGAGAAAUGUUUGGCUUAGCCGUAUAUUUCGGCUUCGUGCUUGGAGCAUUCAAUGGCUACGCCAGGGCUUUUUACGCGGAAUUUUUACCUCCAGGAGAAGAGGCGAGAUGGUACGGCCUAUACUCAAUCACUGACAAGUCGAGCUCGUUCUUUGGUCCUUUCAUCGUUGGUUUAAUCUCAGAUCUUACGGGAAACAUCCGUUACUCUUUCUUUUUUCUCGUCGUCAUGUUAUGGGCGGCGAUACCAGUUUUGAAGAGCGUUAAUGUAGAGCGGGGGAGGAGAGAUGCGCAAAGUUACAAGUACUCUUCGAUUAGUUCGUAA